AUGAAAUUAAUUUAUUUUUUCUGUAUUUUUUUAACUUUUUCGUACUGGUCAUUGGCUCAAGAAACAACUGAUGGAUUAUAUCAAGUAGACUUGACUUAUCGCAAUAUUAGUACUAAAUAUUGCUAUGCUUUAGCAUUGAUUAAAACACAACUACUUGAUAAUAUUAUUUCAGGACUUACUUCAAGUAUUACUGAUAUUACUUCAGAUCUUGGUAUUAAUAAUUUACUAUCUAAAAGAGCUGGAAGCUCUCAAGCUAUAGGUGCCGUUAAUUACGCAAAUGAUGUAGAAUGGAUAAGUCAAAUAUCUAUGGGCACACCACAACAAUCAUCUCUUGUGGUAUUAGAUACUGGAAGUGCAGAUCUUUGGAUUCCUUGCAUCGAUUGCUAUAACUGUAAAAAUAAAAGGUUAUAUGAUUACACUCAAAGUUCUACAAUUCAAUAUAAUGGUGAUGAUUUCUCUAUCACUUAUGCGGACGGUUCAAGUUCUAAAGGUUGGAUGGAAAUGGAUACUCUCCAAGUUGGAUAUAUGACUAUUCAAGAUCAGCAAUUUGCCAUGGUAUAUGAUAUGAGUAAAGCAUUCCAAACUGAUGUUAUUGAUGGUGUUGUGGGGUGUGGAUAUGAUUCACUUUCAGUAUAUUCAGGCACUCAGACUCCUCUCACAAAUAUGUAUAAUCAAGGUCUAAUUCCUCAAAGAAUAUUUUCAGUACAAUUGCGUCCAGCACGAAAUAAAACUACUUAUGGUGGAAUCUUCAUCUUUGGCGGUAUCGACUCUCGUUUAUACACGGGUUCUAUAACGUAUACACCUGUAACUUAUAAAUACUUUUGGCAAAUUGGAAUUGAUGCAGUAUUAUAUAAUGGAAAUAAUGUUUUUACAAGUUCAAGAAACAAACAACAAGUUAUAAUUGAUACAGCAACUGCGUUACUUAUAGUAGGAACAAACGUAGCGAGAACGCUGCAUUCAAACAUGAGAGGAAAAUAUGAUUCUUCUUCACAGACAUGGCAAGUUCCUUGUAAUUUGAAUAGUAAUGUACAGGUGUCAAUUAAGAUCAACGGAGUCACACUUCAAAUUAAUUAUCAAGACCUUGUGAGAGAAAGAGUAAGUUCUUUAAGCUCUUGGUGUUAUUCCGGAAUAGCUUCUACUGAUAGCUCGAUCUGGAUUUUUGGAGGUACUUUUAUGAAAAAUUAUUAUGUGAUAUUUGAUCGUGAAAGAGAUCGAGUUGGAUUCGCUACACCUGUUUAUGCUUACUAA